CCUUCGCAAAGCAUUGUGGGAUUGGAUGCCGGCGAAAGCUUCUCGAAAGAACUGCCAAGAUGAUGCCCACACCGGUUAUCCUGCUGAAGGAGGGGACAGACUCAUCCCAGGGCAUUCCCCAGCUCAUUAGCAACAUCAAUGCCUGCCAGGUGAUAUCUGAGGCUGUCAGGACCACCCUCGGGCCCAGGGGGAUGGACAAGCUGAUGGUGGACAGCAGAGGUAAGGCUACUAUCUCCAACGACGGCGCCACCAUCCUGAAGCUUCUCGACGUGGUUCAUCCUGCAGCCAAGACGCUGGUUGAAAUUGCCCGCUCCCAGGAUGCUGAGAUUGGUGAUGGCACCACAUCCGUCACCCUCCUGGCUGCAGAGUUCCUGAAGCAGCUGAAGCCGUAUGUGGAGGAGGGUCUCCACCCUCAGACCAUCAUCAGGGCGUUCCGCACCGCCACCAACCUCGCUGUCAGCAAGAUCAAAGAGAUCGCCGUCUCUGUGAAGAAAGACGAUAAACAGGAGCAGAGGCAGCUGCUGGAGAAAUGUGCCGCCACAGCCCUGAACUCCAAGCUGAUCGCCGGGCAGAAAGGCUUCUUCAGCAAGAUGGUGGUGGAUGCUGUCAUGUCUCUGGACGAGCUUCUGUCUCUGAAGAUGAUUGGGAUCAAGAAGGUGCACGGAGGGGGGCUUGAGGAUUCUGAGUUAGUCAGCGGUGUUGCGUUCAAGAAGACUUUCUCCUAUGCCGGCUUCGAGAUGCAGCCAAAACGCUACGAGAAUCCAAAGAUCGCCCUGCUCAAUGUAGAGCUGGAGCUGAAGGCUGAGAAGGACAACGCUGAAGUCCGCGUGAAAUCAGUGGAGGACUACCAGGCCAUUGUUGACGCAGAGUGGAGCAUCCUGUACGACAAGCUGGAGAAGAUCUACCAAUCAGGAGCCAAGGUGGUUCUGUCAAAGUUACCCAUCGGGGACGUGGCCACCCAGUACUUUGCCGACAGAGACCUGUUCUGUGCCGGCAGGGUGCAGGAGGAGGACCUGAAGAGGACCAUGAUGGCCUGCGGAGGAUCCAUCCAGACAUCAGUCGGCGCCAUGACGGACGACGUCCUGGGCGAGUGUGAGCUGUUUGAGGAGGUACAGGUGGGAGGAGAGAGGUACAACAUCUUCAAGGGCUGCCCGAAGGCAAAGACAUGCACCAUCAUCCUGAGAGGCGGAGCAGAGCAGUUCACAGAGGAGACUGAGCGAUCGCUGCAUGACGCCAUCAUGAUCGUCCGCAGAGCCAUCAAGAACGACUCUAUUGUCGCAGGUGGAGGGGCCAUUGAGAUGGAGCUGUCCAAAUACCUACGCGAUUACUCCAGGACCAUCCCUGGAAAGCAGCAGCUGCUGAUCGGAGCGUAUGCCAAGGCCCUGGAAAUCAUUCCCAGGCAGCUGUGUGACAACGCCGGCUUUGACGCCACCAACAUCCUCAACAAGCUGCGAGCAAAACAUGCACAGGGUGGCAUCUGGUACGGCGUGGAUAUUAACAGCGAGGAUAUCACUGAUAACUUCGUCGCCUGCGUGUGGGAGCCUUCCAUCGUAAAGAUCAACGCACUGACAGCGGCGUCUGAGGCCGCCUGUCUCAUCCUGUCGGUCGACGAGACGAUCAAGAACCCCCGCAGCAGCGUAGAUGGACCUCCAGGUGGCGCCGGGAGGGGGAGAGGCCGCGGGCGCCCCCACGCUCACUAAUAGAACCCUGAUGAUGUUUAAAUCCAAACACAGAUACAGGUGGAGCGUUUCUGGACGCUGUUUUUUGUUGAUGUUUGAGAGGAAAAACAGCAGGAGUUAGAGAGGCGAUGUUCAUGAUCUGUUUUACUCCAGAUUCUGUGGACUUUCUUCUUGCCUUUUUGUUUCCUCUUGUAGUUUUUGACCAGGCAACUAAAACAUUUCAGUCACUUCCUCUGCCUUCCUGUAGCCAGUAAUGACAGCCGCUUCACCACAGUUUGGGACCCUUCAGGCCAGUCAUACAUCUGAUCUGACAGAGGCGGCCUGUAACCUUCAACCUGGUUUUGUUUAAA